GGAAAGAAGAAGAGGGAUCCACAAUACGCCUCCGUGUCUGAUGAGGAGAGGUACAACCUGCUUAAAGCUCUACUCCAGAGGGCGGCCAUAGAGAACACGUCAUCAUAG